AAUCGCUCACCAUUCAGAAGAUUCAGGCCAAAAUGGCGGCUUGUCAGAUUCAUAAAAGCAGGUUCAGAUUCAGUGGUCUAAUUUUGCUGUAGAAUGUAAAAAUAUCACUUCAUGUAGGUAAAUAUUUUAUGCUCCCAAGAACUGAGUACACGGUAGAAACAUGGCGGGAAGGCCCAAGAGCCGAGGGAGCCCGGUCCCCCCAGGUGUCAUGGCAUCGCCUUUCAAGGGUCACCUUGUCCUGAAAAGCAGUCCCUUUGCUCCUUCAACCAACAAGAUCACAGAGCAGUACAUGAUCCAGGACCACCUGAGUGUUCACUACAAGAAACUGUCUUCUGCCAAACCUGCCAUUGACAAUAGAGUACCUGCCUCCAUGGUCAAAAGUGUCAAAUAUCGGGACCAGCAGAGGCGCCUGAUGCUGGAGAAGGAGAUGAAGAAGUUCCAGAAGGAGCUGAAGUCUGCCCGCAGUGCCUCCAGGAUGAGCUCACGACCCAACACACCCAUGAAGGCCCAGCACCCAGAACAGGUAUGGGUUACACCUGACUAACACACCCAUGAAGGUCCAGCACCCAGAACAGGUAUGGGUUACACCUG